GAGCGAGCGGCUCGCGAUGCCGCACAGCUAUGAGUCCUCCGAGUUUCGCCAUACGAGACCUGCUGCCCGAGGCCUCGUCGCGCUCCCCCUCGCCCUCAGACACCGAGCUCGAUGUCACCGGCACGGAGACCCCCCCGCCCGGCACAUCCACCACACCAGAUGAGAAGAAAAGCGAGAAACCCGCCUACAGCUACAACGCGCUCAUCAUGAUGGCGAUACGAAGCAGCCCCGAAAAACGACUCACGCUGAACGGUAUUUACGAGUACAUCAUGAAGAACUUCCCGUAUUACAAAGAAAACAAGCAGGGCUGGCAGAACUCGAUCCGUCACAACUUGAGCUUGAACAAGUGUUUCGUCAAAGUACCGAGGCAUUACGACGAUCCGGGUAAGGGAAACUACUGGAUGCUCGAUCCGUCUUCUGAUGACGUCUUCAUCGGUGGCACGACCGGGAAGCUUAGGAGACGGUCCACGGCCGCGUCCAGAUCUCGGCUGGCUGCGUUCAAACGGGGCGCGAUUUUGCAUCCAAUGUUCGGGCACCCGUACGCGUCGUUAGUUGGACUUUAUCCGCCUUUGUUGUCCGUGUACGGAAGGUAUGGUAUACCGAAUCCGCUGAUAAGGUUGCCGCCACCUCCUCCGAAUCCGUACCACCAGCUGUAUCGAAGGAUUCACGGGCUGUCCCCACCGGUGAGUCCCACCGACCCUGAGCCGGAUUCCCAUAUGGCGAAGCACAGUUGAUCGAACUGCGGUCUCCCGGUAUGCCGAUACCGGCCAGGACGCGCCAGUGGAAUGUCAGACUGUUCCGAAGUUUCAGACUGUGAUAAGGGCGAGCCCGAGUGUAUUAUAUUCGUUCGCGUGUAUAAAGUGGUACCAUUAUUUAUUUAUAAGCGUAAGAUAUUUAAUGAUUACUAUUGUUAAGAGGCUAAAUUUAAGUUAUAUUACAAUAAAACAUGUCUUCGAA